AUGAAUCCAUACGAGGCCUACGGAUCACCUCCUGCCGAGAGGUCCCCUCGGUAUCGUGCGCGAGAGGAUGACACAUAUCAACCGAGAGACACGUACAGAAGACGAUCUCCUGUCGAAGAUCGACGCCGCCCGGCUCCCCGAAACCGCUCGAGAUCUCCAGUUGCCAUUGACAGAUACCAGCCGGACCGUGAAAGACCGAAUCGAGACAAUUCUUAUGAGGCUCCCAGGCCUGCUGCAAGAGAAAGAGACGAUCGCAGAAGAGCUCCUUCCCCAGUUGCUGCGAAUAUCGAUCGCUAUGUGCCGGGCCAGGAACCUAACAAACCAGUCGUCCGAGUCAACCCCUUGGCCAACCCGCUGUCGCUCGACACUCAAGCCGGAUUUAGUUUCUUCGCAGAUUGGUGGAGAUGCGAGCAGCAGAUAAAAGAGGAAAAGGAGAGACAAAAACAUGGUGGCAGAAGACCUUCGGAUCGCGUCAAAGGUGAACGAGAGGCCAAGGAAGACCGAGAGAAGGAACGAGCAAAAAUCCAAGAAGCCUAUGACCUGUACAAGCAAGAAUUUCAGGUCAAGAUGGCCCGGCAAUUCGUCCAGCAACACAAGGGCGAAGAAUGGUUCAAAGAGCGAUACGUUCCCGAAGUACAUGAUCCUAUUCGCACGCGGCUCAUGGACUCCCGUGAAGGUCCCUUUGAACAAUGGAUCAAAGACAUCGAGUCGGGCGUCUUUGACGAAUUCACACUCGAGGGCAUCUACAAGAGCGACAGCGAUGGCGCUGGUGGUAUGGUAGAGAAAGAAGAAGGCGAAGCUGUUGGUGGUGGUGAGGUCCUUGGUGUUUUGGACCUUGUGCCCGCUAAAGGCGGCGACCUCAAAGACGAUUCCAUCAAUCAACCUGCACUGCUGAUCAAGACUCUCGCGCCGAACGUAGGCAGAGAGCGUAUCGAGGAAUUCUGCAAGGAACACCUUGGUGAAGAGGACGGCGGCUUCAAGGGUCUGUCGUUGAGCGAUCCCAAUCCGGCGAAAAAGUUCCAUCGUAUCGGCUGGAUCAUGCUCAAUCCUGCUCCAGAGGAAGAUGGUGAUGGAAUGCAGGAUAUUGAGCGUGGCGAUGGUCGGGAUGAAGACGACGAAGAAGGCGAAGAAAAGCCAGAGCCUGAAAAGACCUCCGUGGGCCAGAAGGCUCUUGAGCUUAUCAACGGCAAAGUCAUCCUUGAUGCUGUAAGAGGAGACUUCACGUGUCAUGUCGGCGUCCAUACACCACCGAGUGCACCUCGAAAGAAAGCUCUGUGGGAUUUGUUUUCUGCUCCUGAACGCAUUGAACGGGACUACGAGCUUGCCAGGAGACUCGUUACAAAGCUUGAUGCUGAAUUGGGCAAAGACGAGACUUCUGGCGGUUUGACCAAAAUCGAUGUCCGUGUCGAACAGAUGAGGAAUCAAGGACUUUUGCAACCACCCGCAAAGCCAAAGAAACCGACUUUCGAGGACAACGACGACGAGAUCAAGUUCGAAGAAGAGGGCGAGGAAGGUGAAGAAAAUGAAGAUGAGGCGGACGAUGAGGAGUUAUUGGUAAUCAAGAAGAAGCUCGACCUCAUGGUGGAGUAUCUUCGACGCGUCUACAACUUCUGCCUCUUCUGUGUUUUCGAGUCUGACUCUGUACAUGAGUUGGUUCGAAAGUGUCCCGGUGGCCAUCUACGAAGACCAAGAGCUGGUUUGAGCACAGCAGCAAAAGCAGCAGCCAGAGCAAGUGCUUUAGGAGAACCAUUCCCAGGUAACAAGAAAGAUGGACGAGAGAACGGCUACGAUGGUGAACCUCAAAGUCCUGUGCAAGAAAAGCGGCCAUCGAAGUUCAACAACAAGAACGAUCAACAACUUCUUCGCGCUUUCAACUGGGUCAAAACUUUUGAAGAGAAGAUCCUGCAGAUCCUCGAACCCGAAUAUGUCGACUUAAAGAAGAUUGGUGGCAAGCCUGUUGAAGAAGCUCUGGACGAGGAAAUGGCCAAGUUCGUCAAGCAAGAAGAUGAAGCCAAAUAUAGGUGCAAAGUUCCUGAGUGCACCAAGCUUUUCAAAGCCGAACACUUCUGGAAGAAACAUGUGGAGAAGAGACACGAUGACUGGUAUUUGGCACUCAAGAAAGAUCUCGAAUUGGUCAACCAAUACGUUCUGGAUCCCUCGCACAUCGCACCGUCACGCUCAGACGCCAACUCAAACGGACACUUCCCUCUACCUAGCAAUCAUCAUCUCAACAGUGGCACCCCUCGCGGUUUUAGUCUGCAGAAUAUGGGCAUGAACGUGGCGAACUUUGGUCAAAAUGCCAUGAUGGGGAUGCAAGGCUUACAAGCACCAUUCCCACCCGGCGUUGGAUUCGGUUCAGAUGGAAUGAACGGCGGAGGUCAUAGUGGAGGUCCCGUUCGUCGGGGUGGUGGCAGGUACGGCAAUCGGUCUGGUCCAUACGACCGCAAUGGCCCACGCAACAAUCAACGUGGUUACAACAACGUCGGUGGCUUGUUGAGGGGCACUCUUCCACCUGGCAUGAAUCCUGCCUUCAUUGCCCAAGGUGGUGGUGGCGGUGGUGGAAAAUGGGGCGACGGCGCGGGUGGUGGUACCAACGCCAUGGGACCUAGAGAAGCUGUUCAAGGGAGAAGUAUCAAGAGCUAUGAAGACCUCGACGCCGCUCCGAGUGGUGGUGGCGGCGGUGCUGGUGCCAAUGCGGCGGCGCAGGCUGGGGCUGGUGCAGAGCUUGAUUACUAG